AUGGCUGCUAUGGAGGAAUCAAGGAAGAGGAAGGCAUUCACCAUCGUAGAGAAGCUUCAUAUUGUGGACAGGAUCAGGAACGGGGAAACACAGGCGAAGAUCAGCAAGGAGACGGGAGUAGCGGGUUCUACAUUACGUGGAUGGCUUAAGGACGAGGGUAAAUUACGGGCCGCUAGCAGCACGAUGGACGAUGGUGGUCAGAUAAGGAAAAGAGCCAGACAUGCCAAGGACCAUAACCUUGAGACAGCCGUUCUUACAUGGUUUAAUCAAGCGAGGUCCGAAGGCAUGCCUGUCUCUGGUCCUGUUAUCCGGGCCCAGGCAAAGAAGAUGAACCAGGAGUUGAAUGGCGAUGAUAGCCAGUUUGAGGCAUCUAAUGGAUGGCUCUCACGGUUUAAGCACCGUCAUUCAAUCUCCCAGGUUACGAUAAGAGGAGAACAACGGUCCGCAGAUGAGAGUGCAGCAGCAGCUUACCCGGAGGAGCUAAGGAAAUUGGUGAUGGACCAACAACUAUGUGCUGACCAGAUAUACAACUGUGACGAGACCGCGUUGUAUUUCAAGAUGCUCCCCGAUAAAACAUUGGCUUGCAAGACUGACACCCAGAAAACACUAGGGUUCAAGCAGGCUAAAGAUCGUGUUACUGUCUUGUUAUGCUGUAAUAAGGCAGGAACGCAUAAGCUUGCUCCCCUAGUGAUAGGGAAGUUUGGGAAACCAAGAUGCUUCCACCACAUUAAUAUGAGUAGCCUUCCAGCUCUCUACAGGCAUUCUAAAAAUGCUUGGAUGACGUCAACAAUUUUUGAGGAGUGGUUUCAUGAGGAUUUUGUGCCUUCUGUCAGGAAACACCUGCGCCGUAAAAAGUUAGAGGCGAAGGCCAUUCUUCUCAUGGAUCACUGCCCUGCUCAUCCGGGUGUUGAGUCGUUGACGUCACUGGACCGUAAGAUUAAGGCCGUGUUUUUGCCCAAAAACACCACUUCAAAAUUGCAGCCUUUGGAUCAGGGGAUAAUUGCCACUUUUAAGCGCAACUACCGGCGUAAUCUCACAGGCAUUAUGAUUGAAAGCAAAAUGUCUGUGUCUGAUUACCUGCGCAAGUUGAACUUAAAGGAAGCAAUUCAUCUCUGUGGGGAUGCAUGGAGAGAGGUUUCAACGAAGAUUUUUUCACAAGAGACAGCAGGAAAGACGAUUAAUUUAGUCCCAUCAACUAGGUAUCAAUUUUCAUGA